AUGUCUUUGGCUGACUUGUCUGGUCAAUUCAACUUUCCCAAGGAGGAAGAGAAGAUUCUCGAAUUCUGGAAAGAAAUUGAUGCUUUCCAAACAUCCAUGAAAUUAAACAAGGAUAAACCUGUGUUUGCCUUUUAUGAUGGACCUCCAUUUGCUACUGGUCUUCCUCAUUAUGGCCAUUUGUUGGCUGGUACCAUCAAGGAUAUCGUUACACGUUAUGCUCACAAUACCGGUCAUUCAGUCGAACGCCGUUUCGGUUGGGAUACUCAUGGUCUUCCCGUGGAAUACGAGAUUGAUAAAAAGUUGGGCAUCACUGGUAAGGACGAUGUCAUGAAGAUGGGUAUCGACAAAUACAACGCCGAAUGCAGAGCUAUUGUUAUGAGAUAUGCCGGCGAAUGGCGCAAGACUGUCGAACGUAUGGCUCGUUGGAUUGAUUUCGAUAAUGAUUAUAAGACAUUGAACCCUACUUUCAUGGAGUCUGUUUGGUGGGUUUUCAAGCAAUUGUUUGAAAAGGGCCAAGUGUACCGUGGUCAAAGAGUCAUGCCUUAUUCUACUGGUUGCACCACUCCUUUAUCCAACUUUGAAUCUUCUCAAAACUACAAGGAUGUCAACGAUCCUGCCAUUGUUGUUGGUUUCCCCUUGGUUGACGACAAGACCACUCAAAUCUUGACCUGGACCACCACACCUUGGACCUUGCCCUCUAAUAUGGGUGUUUGUGUUCAUCCCGAUUUCGAAUACAUCAAGAUUCACGACCAACUCACUGGACACAACUACAUUUUGAUGGAGAAGCGUCUUUCCAUUCUUUACAAGGAUCCCAAGAAGGCAAAAUUCACCAUUCUUGAAAAGUAUAAGGGUGCUGAUAUGAAGGGUUGGAAGAUCGUCCCCAUGUUUGAUUACUUUUAUGAGGAAUUUAAGGAUUGCGCUUUCCAAGUCAUGGUGGAUACCUACGUUACUGAUGAUUCCGGUACUGGUAUUGUCCAAAACGCUCCUGCUUUUGGUGAGGACGAUUACCGUGUCUGUAUCGCUCAUGGUGCUAUCACUGCUGAUGGUCAUUUGCCUUUGCCUCUUGAUGCCUCUGGUGUCUUUACCGAUGAAGUCCCUGAUUAUAAGGGCAUGUACGUCAAGGAUGCUGAUAAGGCUAUUCAAAAGGAUAUCAAGGCAAAGGGUCGCUUGAUUAUCCAAUCCCAAUUCAUGCAUAGUUAUCCCUUCUGCUGGCGUUCUGAUACUCCUCUCAUUUACAAGGCUGUUCCUGCUUGGUUCGUCCGUGUUGCUCCCGUCGUUGACAAGAUUUUAGCCUGUAACAAUGAGAUGCGUUGGGUUCCUUCUUUUGUUCAAGAGAAGCGUUUCGCCAACUGGAUUGCCAAUGCUCGUGAUUGGAACAUUUCUCGUAACAGAUAUUGGGGUACUCCUUUACCUCUCUGGGUCAGUGAUGAUUAUGAGGAAGUUGUCUGUAUUGGCUCCAUUGCUGAAUUGGAGGAACUCAGUGGUAUCUCUCCCAUCACCGAUCUCCAUCGCGAAAGCGUGGAUGGCAUCACUAUUCCUUCCAAGCAAGGUAAGGGUGUCCUGCGUCGUGUUGAAGAAGUUUUUGAUUGUUGGUUCGAGUCUGGCUCCAUGCCUUACGCUCAACAACAUUAUCCUUUCGAGAACAAGGAAAAGGUUGAAACCUCUUUCCCUGCUGACUUCAUCUCUGAGGGUAUUGAUCAAACUCGUGGUUGGUUCUAUACCUUGUUGGUCUUGUCCACUCACCUCUUCAACAAGCCUCCUGCCAAGAACGUCAUUGUCAGUGGUCUCGUUUUGGCCUCUGACGGCAAGAAGAUGAGUAAGCGUCUCAAGAAUUACCCUGAGCCUGGAAUUGUUAUCGACAAGUUUGGUUCUGAUGCCUUGAGAUUGUAUCUCAUUAACUCUCCUGUUGUUCGUGCUGAAACCUUAAAGUUCAAGGAAGAAGGUGUCAAGGACGUUAUUUCCAAGGUCUUCUUGCCCUGGUACAAUGCCUACAAGUUCUUCCUCACUCAAACUGCUGUCUUGAAGAAGGACUUUGACUUUGACUUCCAAUAUGAUCUCCACAUCAAGAAGUCUGACAACGUCAUGGAUCGCUGGGUGUUGGCCUCUUGUCAAUCUCUUAUCAAAUUUAUUCGCGAGGAAAUGGCUGCCUACAGACUCUACACUGUUGUCCCUCGUUUGUUGAACAUGAUUGACACUCUCACCAACUGGUAUGUCCGUUUCAACCGUAAGAGAUUGAAGGGUGAAAAUGGUUUGGAUGAUGCCAAGUUGGCCAUGAACACUCUCUACGAAGUCUUGUUCACCUUGUGUAGCACCAUGGCUCCUUUCACUCCUUAUUUGGUUGAAAACAUGUAUCAAAACCUCAAGAACUUUGCUCCCAAGAAUCCCAAUGUCGUUGAUGAUCGUUCCAUCCACUUUUUGGACUUCCCCACCGUGCGUGAAGAAUACUUUGAUCCCGAAAUUGAGCGUGCUGUCGGUCGUAUGCAAGCUGUCAUCGAGUUGGGUCGUACUAUCCGUGAACGCAAGAACAUUUCUCUCAAGACUCCUUUGAAGGAAUUGGUUGUUAUCCACAGUGAUCCUCAAUACCAUGCUGAUGUCAAGGCCUUGGAAUCUUACAUCUCUGAGGAAUUGAACGUUCGCAACAUUGUCAUCACUGAUAACGAAGACAAGUACGGUGUCAAGUACAAAGCUGAGGCUGACUGGAAGGUGUUGGGUCAAAAGCUCAAGAAGGAUGCCAUGAAGGUCAAGAAGGGUCUUCCUGAAAUGACCAGUGAUCAAAUCAAGGAGUUUGUCCACACCAAGGAGCUCAUUGUCGCUGGUAUCACGGUGACCCAUGAAGAUUUGAAUGUUGUUCGUUACUUUGAAGCUUCUUCUGAUGCUUCUUAUGAGGCCAACACUGACAAGGACUCAUUGGUCUUGAUGGAUGUCAAAUCAUACCCCGAAUUGGAAGAAGAGGGUGUUGCUCGUGAAAUCAUUAAUCGUGUUCAACGUUUAAGAAAGAAGGCCAACUUGUUGCCUACUGAUGAUAUCAACAUGUACUAUCGUUUCACUGCUGAUUCAGGUGCUGAAUUAGAAAAGGUUAUCAAGAACCAAGAAGCUAUUUUGGUCAAGGUCAUCAAGAAGCCUUUGCAACCUAUCAGCGAAAUGCCUUCUUCCGAAAAGCUCAUUGCUGAAGAAGAGCAAGAUGUCAAUGGUACCAAGUUUGACCUUGUCUUUGCUAAAUAA